GAAGCAUGAAGAGUCUUAGUUCCCCAACCAGGGAUCAAACCUGCACCCUUUGCAUUGGAAGCUUGAAGUCUUAACCACUGGGUUGCCAGGGAAGUCCCUGUCCUACAGUUUAACUCAACACUGACACUACCUAACAGGAGACAGGGUUAUAUCUCACAGGUUAAGGGCUUAGUCCCACAAGACUGUCCCCUGACCCCAUUCAGAUGCUAACUGCAAGUCCAGGCUGUCUGUCACCUGUGCUGCUGACUAACAGGCUACAGAUCAGAGCUUCCCAUGACCCCCUUCUCGGGUUCAAUUAAUUUGGGAGAACAGCUCACAGAACUCAGAGAAAUUUGCUACAUUUCUGGUUUAUUAUUAAAAAAAAUCCCAGCCAGAUGAAGAGGUAAGUGGGGCAAGAUCUGGAAGAGUCUGGAGCACUGAAGCUUGUCCCCGAGGAAGGAUGCGUUCACCAACCCAGGAGCUCUCCAAACCCUGCCCUUUGGGGGUUCAAGGAGGCUUCGUUAUACAAGCCCAACUGAUUAAAUCAUUGGACAUUCCUGGCUGAACCCAAUCUCCAGCCCCGCUCCCUCCCCAGAGGUCAAGGGCGGGACUGAAAGUUCCAACCCUCCAGUCCUGAGGUUGGUUCCCCUGGUAACCAUUCCCCAGUUUCCUAGGGGCUUUAUUAACAUAAUGUAAUAUUAACAUAACAAAAGAAACAUUUACGACUUUCUUCACAUUGAAAAUUCCUAGGGUUUUAGACGCUCUGUUGCAUACAUUUCUUAUUAUAAAUCAGAGUGCCAUGGCUAAGAAGAGAACUCCCACUUCUGCCCAUCUCAUGAUGAGACAGCUUGGGAAGGGAAAAAGCUGGCUGUGGCUUGCGUCACGGCGGAGCGGCUCAGGACCCAGGAGUGCCGUUCCCUGCAGCCCUGAGCCCCCCUCUGUCCUCUCCAUCUAAUGGGCGGGCAGACUGGCAGGUCGGCUGGGGCAGAGCCCAUUCUUUCCGUUCUUUCUAAUUCAGAGCUAAUCAGAUUCUGACUGUGCCCCGGGCUCUCAAGAGGAAUCUAAUAAAGGAGAGGAGGACAGCAUCUCUUUAUUCAGAACAGUUUUCCUGUUGGAGUCAGCGCAAGGGAUCAGAUCCCUGAGGACACCCAAGGGGGAGGCGGACGCAGUCCCUGCCUGCAGGGAGCUCACAGGGCUCCGAAGCAGGGAGGCCCACGUGGGCUUAGCGCUGGGCAGGACCGGGUAGCCGCCUCAGCAUGGAGGGCCCUGCCAGCCCAGCACCCGCCCCCGGGGCGCUGCCCUACCACGUGGCCUUCUCCCAGCUGCUGGGCCUGACUGUGGUGGCCACGACGGGCGCCUGGCUUGGUGUGUACCGAGGCGGCAUUGCCUGGGAAAGCGCCCUACAGUUCAACGUGCACCCCCUCUGCAUGAUCAUAGGCCUGGUCUUCCUGCAGGGAGAUGCCCUGCUGGUUUACCGCGUCUUCAGGAAUGAGGCCAAACGCACCACCAAAGUCCUGCACGGGCUGCUGCACGUCUUCGCCUUCGUCAUCGCCUUGGUGGGCCUGGUGGCGGUGUUCGACCACCACAGGAAGGAGGGCUACGCCGACCUGUACAGCCUACAUAGCUGGUGCGGCAUCCUGGUCUUCGCGCUCUUCUUCGUGCAGUGGCUCGUGGGCUUUAGCUUCUUCCUGUUCCCGGGCGCCUCGUUUUCCCUGCGGAGCCGCUACCGGCCCCAGCACGUCUUCUUCGGCGCCGCCAUCUUCCUGCUCUCGGUGGCCACCGCCCUGCUGGGCCUGAAGGAGGCGCUUCUGUUCGAGCUCGGGACCAAGUACAGCACGUUCGAGCCCGAGGGCGUCCUGGCCAACGUGCUGGGCCUGCUGCUGGCCGCCUUCGCCACGGUCGUGCUCUACAUCCUGACCCGCGCCGACUGGAAGCGGCCCCUCCAGGCGGAAGAGCAAGCGCUCUCCAUGGACUUCAAGACGCUGACGGAGGGCGACAGCCCCAGCUCCCAGUGACGGGGGUCCGUCCCGCAACCACCGCUGAGGGUCCGGGCAGGGCUGGGCACAGCGGAGGUGGGGGGUGGGGGCAGUCCUGCUCCUUGAGUGCAGAUUUUCGGGGUUCAGGCCCCCUCCGCGUCCCGCCCCGCGCUGCGGCUGCUGCCGUUGUUAGUCCUGAGCACGCGUCCCCCCGCCCCUGUUGCCACCCGACUUCCUUCCUCAGAUGGAGCGGCUUUGGGUAAGGCUCUGGGCCUAAAUGGGUCCGAGAGUGGGGGGCGCUCCCUCCUCGAGGCCGCAGCGAAGCUGAGACUUGCUUUGUGUGACCCCGAACUCCUGCCAGGAGUCUUGCGGCCCGGAGGACCGGCGCUCUGAAGGGGCCCAGCCUCUGGCAGCGGAGCUAGUGACAUUAUAUGUGAAAUAUGCUGGUGUCAGGGCCAGGUUCCCCAGGAGAGGGGAGGGACUCCCUGGGACUCUCUGGACCCAGGCUAAGGCCCAGCUGCGUUCUGGAGCCUUCCCUUUCUUUAACCCUUUAGCCCCGGGGCGGCUUGCCUUGGGGGCCAUAGACUUGGGACAAACCUGCCCUGAGCCCCUUCAGAGGGCAGCCCAGAGAAGAGGCUGGAGGUGGGCCUGGGGGCGGGAGGGGCGCUGGGCCACCUGCAGGGGCUUCUGUCCCCGAGGGCCCAGGCCUCUGCUCCUGACCCUCGGAGCUCACGGGAGGCUGCUCUGACAAGAGGGCACAGGCCUUUCCCCGUUAAACCAAAAGCUGCCGCUAGAAAAGGAUAAGGAGCCCCCUUUCGGUUUCCAUGAGGAGGGUUCGGGAGGACGGUCUCCUCCUCUCCUACCUGCGGUGGGUCUUUGCAGGAAGUUGGGACCAAGACGGAAUCAGAUUAAUCCCCCCCCCUCCCCCCCGCAACCCCGUGAGUGUGUAACGCUGUUAGCUGAGUCGCUGUUUGCCUUUGGUCUAGAAAUAACAUGAUUAGAGCAUUGAUCUGUGCUUCUUGGGCUUGGCAAAUGCUGUCUCCUGUUUUCCUCAUUUUCUGGGCUUUGAGGAACAUGACGCAGUUUCAGACAAGACAGAGUUGACUUAAGACAUUAAUAAAAUUUCAAGUUCUGACUACCGUUUUUCAGCAGCUGCCUCUCCCAGCUAAAUGCUGCCUUGGAGAAAGGGGGCUUAUCGCCUCUAAUACUCAGAUUCCUACAACUUGGCCUCUGCCGUGGGUCUUGCCUCAGGCGAUGCCGCUCCUCAGGGCAGGCGGCGGUGGUGGGCGCCCUCCCCAGCAGGGCUGCCUGCUCCCCACCUGCACCCCAUGGGUGCUCCCGGCUCUGCUGCAGCUGCCCCCCCACCCCCACGCCGUUUACCCUGUUCUUUGAUCACCUGCUAUAGGAUGUUUACCCGUGGGAAAACUCCACCUUAGACCAACUACCAGGUUGGACUGUGUAUCUCCCUUGGCAGAACGGCACAGAGAGAAACAGAACCUUGGAUUUGCAAAAAAAAAAAAAAAAAGUCUGAACACUGGCCUGUUUGCCAAAGCAUAUGCCGGAUAACUAAUGAGCCAAAAACGCCCCCCGCCGCCCCCCGCCCCAGCCAAGCUGAUCCGUGGUGGCUUGUUUCAUUUUGCCUGUGGCCAAUCUUCAAUGAAGUACAGUGUAGUGCUGGUACAACAGAUGAUUCAAUAAAUGUCUACGGCAGAUCUCUGUCCUG